AUGUUUAAUCGUCUAACAGCUCUCAAGAAUACAAAUAGCUUUAGACAUUAUACUAAGAUGGCUGUCAAUCGUCCUCAAAUUACACCAAACAAGUAUUUUACCUCUAAUAAUGCCAAGGAUGUUUGGUCAUUGACCAAUGAAGCUGCCGCUACUGCUGCUAAUAACGAACAAAAUAAAGGCCGUGAUUUAAUCAAUUUGGGCCAAGGAUUUUUCUCCUAUUCGCCACCACAAUUCGCUAUUCACGAAGCUCAAAAAGCUUUGGAAAUUCCCCUUGUAAACCAGUAUUCUCCUACAAAGGGUCGUCCUAGUGUGAUCAAUUCACUAAAGAAAUUAUAUUCUCCUCUAUACGGCCAAGAAUUAAAAGAUGAAAAUGUUACCAUUACUACAGGUGCAAAUGAAGGUAUACUUUCAAGUCUUAUGGGUAUUCUGAAUCCCGGUGACGAGGUUAUUGUUUUCGAACCAUUUUUCGAUCAAUACAUUCCAAACAUCGAGUUACUUGGUGGAAAAGUUGUUUAUGUUCCUAUCAAUCCACCAAAGGAUAUGGACCAGCGUAUCGUGGAAGGUAAAGAUUGGACAAUCGAUUACGAAGAGUUGGCCAAGGCAUUUACCAGUAAGACAAAGGCUCUUAUUUUGAACACACCUCAUAAUCCAAUUGGUAAAGUCUUUACCAAGGAAGAAUUGACCAAGAUUGGUAACCUAUGUGUUGAAAACAACGUGGUAAUCAUUUCUGAUGAAGUUUACGAAUUUUUGUAUUUCACCGAUUCUUAUACUAGAAUCGCUACGCUUUCUCCUGAGAUUGGUCAAUUGACUCUAACCGUUGGGUCUGCGGGUAAGACCUUUGCUGCAACUGGUUGGAGAAUUGGUUGGGUCAUCUCAUUGAACCCUGAACUGUUAUCAUAUGUCUCAAAGGGCCAUACACGUAUCUGUUUCAGUUCGCCUUCCCCCAUCCAAGAGGCAGUUGCCAAUUCCAUUGAAGAUGCUCUAAAGGGUGACUACUUCGAAGCUAUGAGAACGGACUAUAUCCGUAAAUUUGAGAUCUUUACAAGCGUCUUUAAAGAAAUGGGAUUACCCUACACGAUACCAGAGGGUACUUAUUUCAUUCUAGUGGACUUCUCCAAGGUAAACGUUCCAGAAGACUACCCAUACCCUGAAGAAUUAUUGGAUAAGGGUAAAGAUUUUAGAAUCUCUUACUGGCUAAUCAACGAAUUGGGUGUUGUUGCCAUCCCACCAACAGAAUUCUACAUUAAAGAACACGAAAAGGGCGCUGAAAACUUGCUAAGAUUCGCCGUCUGCAAGGAUGACGACUACUUAGAGAAGGCAGUUGAAAGAUUAAGACUGUUGAAGCCUCACAUCAAAGGCUAA